AACACGAGCUCCAAUCCUGUGCAAGCUCUCUCUAGAACGACAGCACUUCACAACAGCAACAUUAGAAAGGACGACCUUUUCUUGUUGCUGGAAUCGCCUUCUUGCACCUUCGAAUCGUUUUUCAUUCUCCGACAUGGCGCGCCCCGAGUCCCUGAUAUUCUGGGCUUUGGCUCUCGCGGCUUUGUCUUCCAUGGCUUCGGCUGCGAUCGUGGAGCACACAUUUCAUGUGCAAAAUCUGACGGUGAACCGGUUGUGCCAACGGCGAGUGAUCACGGCAGUCAACGGAAGCCUUCCGGGUCCGGCCAUACACGUCCAGGAGGGCGACACACUUGUCGUCCACGUCUUCAACAAGUCACCUUACAACCUCACUAUUCACUGGCAUGGAAUAUUUCAAUUACUGAGUGGUUGGGCAGACGGACCCGAAUACAUUACACAAUGCCCGAUCCGACCCGGAAGCAGCUACACCUAUAAAUUCACCAUCACCGGACAGGAGGGGACUCUCUGGUGGCACGCCCAUGUCCAGUGGCUCCGCGCGACAGUCCAUGGAGCCCUCAUCAUCCGGCCCCGGGCGGGUCACAAGUACCCGUUCCCCAAGCCCCACAGAGAAAUUCCCAUUAUACUUGGAGAGUGGUGGAAUGCUAACGUCAUUGACGUCGAAAACCAAGCGCUGGCAACUGGCGCCGCCCCGAACAACUCUGACGCCUAUACCAUCAACGGGAGGCCCGGAAAUCUCUAUAAUUGCUCUCAAAAUCCCAAGUUCACGUACACGUAUAAGGUGCAGCAAGGGAAGACCUAUCUGCUGCGCAUCAUCAACGCUGCGCUCAAUAACCAGCUCUUCUUCAAGGUCGCCGGCCACAAGAUGACCGUCGUUGCGGUCGACGCCUCGUACACCAACCCGUACGUGACGGACGUCGUCCUCGUUGCCCCGGGCCAGACCACCGACGUCCUCCUCACCACCGACCAGGCCUCAGGGGCCUACUACAUGGCGGCCAGCCCAUACGCCAGCGCCCCCAACGUGUCGUUCGACAACACGACCACCCGGGGCAUCUUCAUCUACGAGAAUGCCCCUUCCGCCGCAGUUUCUGCCCCGAGGAUGCCGGCCCUCCCAGCCUUCAACGACACCCCCACGGCCCACAAGUUCAACAGCAACCUGACCAGCCUGGUCGGCGGGCCACACUGGAUCCCGGUGCCACGGCACAUCGACGAGCACAUGUACGUGACCGUGGGGCUGGGGCUGGCACCGUGCGGUGCGCCCGGGAACAACUCCUGCGGCGGGCCCAACGGGCAGAGGCUCUCGGCCAGCAUGAACAACGCCUCCUUCCAGUUACCCACGAGGCUCUCCAUCCUGCAAGCCUUCUUCUUCAACGUCCGAGGAAUCUACACCACCGAUUUCCCCAACAAGCCGCCGGUGGCGUUCGACUACACGAACCAGAACAACAGCAUGAACCAGGCACUCAUCUUCGCGCCCAAGAAGACGAGCGUCAAGAAGGUGAAGUACAACGCCACGGUCGAGAUGGUACUGCAGGACACCUCGUUCAUCGCCGUCGAGAACCACCCCAUGCACCUCCACGGGUACAACUUCCACGUCUUGGCUCAGGGCUUCGGCAACUUCAACCCAAAGACCGACCGGAAGAAGUUCAACCUCGUGAACCCACAGAUCCGGAACACCAUAGGCGUCCCCGUCGGAGGGUGGGCCGCCAUCCGAUUCCAAGCCAACAAUCCAGGUGCAUGGAUCAUGCAUUGCCAUCUAGACGUCCACUUGCCGUUGGGCCUGGCCACGGCGUUUGUCGUCGAAAAUGGGCCAACUCCGUCGUCCACGUUGCCCCCGCCGCCGAGCGACCUGCCGACAUGCUAACCCGCUUCUCGAAUUAUUUUUUAUUUGGUAUUUUCGCCGCAAGAAUUAUUGCUCUUUCCCCCAUUCACUAUUCUCUCUUUCAUUAUUUUGUUUGUUUGGGUUUUUAAUUCGUUUGCCAUUCCUUCCGAGGCAAGAAAGAGCUUGUAGCAAGGACGGAAUUCCUAGUCGCACUAUUGCUUUCAUUCCCUUAAAAAAAAAGUCAUUCUUGUAUCGCGUGAUUGGAGUUCACAUCUUUUGGUCUGUAAUCCAAUGAAAUGAAAUGAUAGAUUUGUUUCGUUCAAUUUCAA